AUGGGCAAGAAUAAAGACGGUGCUCGUUUUGUUAACAAGGAAAUCUUUCAAAGGGUCAACUUUCUCUACCAAGCUGCCCAGCUGGCGUUCAGACAAGACCCCACAAACCACGACAUGUGCAGAUAUUACAUCUCUACUAUGCGUAUGGUGGCAGAGAAGCAUGUGAUUAGGAUCCAUCCUAAAAUGAAAAGAACAAUCUGCAAAUGUUGUAAUAUGUUGCUGGUACCUGGCCGUACUAGUAGGAUCAGGUUUCGAAGUAAAAGUGAGACGCACACGGUGGUGACCUGUUUACUGUGUGGCACAAUCAAACGCUUCAUGUGGAGGAAGUCGCACCAGUUGUGGAUGGAUAAACCUGAAGCUUGGCUGAAUGCUGGGGCAAAACCUGGCAAGACAUCUUGA